CGGUAAAAAUAGGGCAGUGCAAAAGUGCGAUUGUGCGAGUACGGAACGGAACCGUUUUUCAAACCAGUCAGCCAGACAACGCUCACAAUCGAAGAGAUAAACGAGAGACAGCCGACGGUGGGCCGGAUCAAUUUCGCAGUGUUGAACGUAAACCGUCGCGUGGAACCAUGGAGGACCGUACGCAGCGGUGUUUAGUUGCGGGCCUCGCGCUGCUGCUGCUGCUGCUGCUGACAUUCCUGGACGGCGCAUCGGCGAUCCGUGUCAGCGGGAAGAAAAAAGGCGUUAGUUUUGUCUCCGACCAACAAACGUCGGCGUCAUGGUGGCAACAGGACUCCCUCAACCCGGGUCUGGACACCUCCGACUUCUUCUCCUCCCAACACGGUGUGCUGCAGACACACCCCUCCUUGAGCGGCGGCGGCCCGUCGAAGUUGAGGGGAGGCAACCGGGGAAGCGGCCUCAGCGACUACCAUUUCAAGCAUCUGGACUACAGGACGUCGGCCACCGCCGAACUGAGGAGGAACCCCAACCUGUCCACGCCCGAGGAGUGCGCCAGGGCCUGCAAGGAGGGCGAACCGCCGAGGAUCUGCUACUACCACUUCACCCUCGAAUACUACACCGUGCUGGGAGCAGCUUGUCAAGUGUGCACACCAAACGCCACAAACACCGUGUGGUCCAACUGUCAAUGCGUCUUGGCCGAUGGUGUCGAAAGAGGAAUCCUGACAGCCAAUCGUAUGUUGCCCGGCCCAAGCAUCCAAGUCUGCGAAGGUGACAAGGUCGUGGUGGACGUCGAAAAUCACAUGGAAGGCAUGGAGGUGACCAUCCAUUGGCACGGAAUCUGGCAACGUGGAACCCAAUAUUACGAUGGUGUGCCAUUCGUUACACAAUGUCCCAUCCAACAAGGAAACACCUUCAGGUACCAGUGGGUAGCCGGUAACGCCGGAACGCACUUUUGGCAUGCCCACACCGGUCUGCAAAAGAUGGACGGUUUGUAUGGCAGCAUCGUCAUCCGUCAACCACCUUCCAAAGACCCCAACAGCAACUUGUACGACUACGAUCUGACCACACACGUUAUGCUGCUUUCCGAUUGGAUGCACGAAGAUGCUGCCGAAAGAUUCCCAGGAAGAUUGGCCGUAAACACCGGCCAGGAUCCCGAGAGCUUGCUGAUCAACGGCAAAGGCCAGUUCAGAGACCCCAACACCGGUUUCAUGACCAACACCCCAUUGGAAGUGUUCACCAUGACCCCAGGCAACCGCUACCGAUUCCGUAUCAUCAACUCCUUCGCUUCUGUGUGUCCGGCUCAGCUGACCAUACAGGGACACGACCUAACUUUGAUCGCCACCGACGGAGAGCCCGUGCAUCCUGUAAAAGUCAACACCAUAAUUUCGUUCUCUGGUGAAAGGUAUGACUUCGUGAUAAACGCAGACCAAAACCCAGGAGCGUACUGGAUCCAACUUCGUGGGUUGGGAGAGUGCGGUAUCAGAAGAGUCCAACAAUUGGCCAUCUUGCGUUAUGCUAGAGGCCCAUACCAACCCUCCUCUCCUCCUCCAACCUACGACUUCGGUAUUCCACAAGGAGUUGUAUUGAACCCAUUGGAUGCAAGAUGUAAUGAGCAAAGAACCGACGCAAUCUGUGUCAAUCAAUUGAAGAACGCCAGGCACAUCGACGAAGGAAUCCUGCAACAGAAACCCGAUCUUAAGAUCUUCUUGCCCUUCAGAUUCCACCUUUACACUCCUGAAGAUCUAUUCAGGCCCAACACCUACAACAGACACUUGGUCGCACCAAAUGGUGACCACGUAAUUAGUUUAAUCGACGAAAUCUCAUACGUAUCCGCACCUUCUCCAUUACUCUCACAAUACGAUGAUAUUGAUCCAGAACAGUUUUGUAACGGAGAUAACAGACCGGCUAACUGUGGUGAUAACUGCAUGUGCACCCACAAAGUCGAUAUUCCUCUUAAUGCCAUAGUAGAAGUAGUACUAGUAGAUGAAGUCCAACAACCAAACUUAAGUCACCCCUUCCACUUGCACGGUUACGCCUUCAAUGUAAUAGGUAUCGGCAGAUCGCCCGACAGAAACGUGAAGAAAAUCAACUUGAAACACGCCCUCGACUUGGACAGACAGGGUCUCUUGCACAGACAGUACAAUUUGCCUCCCGGCAAAGAUACCAUUGCCGUACCAAACAACGGUUACGUUGUGCUGAGGUUCAGAGCUGACAAUCCCGGCUUCUGGCUCUUCCACUGUCACUUCUUGUUCCACAUCGUAAUCGGUAUGAAUCUGGUGCUGCAGGUCGGCACUCCUGCUGAUGUGCCACCAGUACCGCCAGGUUUCCCAACAUGCGGUAACCACAGGCCCGAAAUAUCGCUGGACAUUGAUAAUCAGUAUCCGAAGGAUUAAGGUUGAUGACUUGUGGUGUCUUUUGGGUGUUUGUAGAGGUUUAAGGUACAGAGAUUAUGCUAAAUCAUGUUCAGUAUUACUCUUCAAAAUUGCCGUCUCUCCUUGCAAACCGUUCCUUGUUUAACACAACAUUUUCCGUUCACUCUAGUCAUAUUUUUACAAGCACUUUGUAAAAGUCACGCAGCUCAACAGAUUUAGAUUUGAUGAAAGAAAGUUUUAAUUUCUCUGUAGAUUGGACCGGAAAUAAACUACAACUUCAAAGACACCUAACUUAAGUUACCUUUACCAAAUUUAUAUAAGAUUAUCAGAAAUUUAAUUUUUCGAUCUUGCCAUUUUUUACGAAAAAUCACAAUUCGAUUUACUACAAAUAAUUGUAAUUUAUAUUAUUUAUCUAUAAUGGUAUGUAAUCGCCAUAAUUAUUUAAGGUAAGUAUCUCCUACCUCCUCUUCCUAUUAACUUUUUUAAUAUUUUAAAGUUACCAAUUGGUGCUGACGCCAAUAUGAAAGGCUAUUGUACAUAAGCAACGUAUCUGGUAACUGCAGUUUAUUUUUAUUUAAAUUUUCUAUUCUAGAUUUUCUGUAGUUAUUGCAGUUUUCAGAUAUGUUAUAUAUUUUAUAAAAUUCAAUCAGUAUUUUUUCCUACCCUAUUUAGUUUUUGUAAAUCCUUUUCUUUUAGUAUUAUUUAAUAUAGAUUCCAAUAUCGAGUGUAUUUUGUACAGAUGUUAUAUUUUAUGUACUAUUUGGAUACGAAGGUGUUACCAUUAAUGUUUGGAUUAAUAGUUGGUUAUUUCAGAUUGUACUAGUCUUCAACAGUCUCUAAUAACUACAGUUACUGUUAUCUUUAAUGAAAAUGUAUGUAUUAUAUAUAAAAUAAAAAUGUUUUGUGUAUAUA